GGGAAGGCAGAUCAGAAACUCGUGAUGGGAUUUUCAUUUUUUUCAGUUCUUUUUAUUUUGGGUUUUGAUUUUUAUCUCUGGAAAUGUGCAGAGAUUUAUAGAGUAUAGAAACAGAACAAAGCCAGUAUCAGGCAGGCCUUUGCUCCUGCACUUUGUCCCUUUGUUGCUGCUAUGUACCUAGACAAUUCCAACAAGAUUGAAAGAACCAGGAGUUAAAAAACAGCACGAAAACCUGAAAUAUAGGGUUUUACAGAAAGAAAGAAUUUUGGAGGAGAUUGAAGAAAAGGAGUAAAAAUGGUUAGCUGUGGGAGGAGCGGUGCAGUGAGGCAGUAUAUAAGAUCAAAGGUGCCUCGUUUAAGAUGGACUCCUGAACUUCAUCAUUGUUUUGUUCAUGCCAUCGAAAGGCUUGGUGGUCAUGACAAAGCUACGCCAAAACUUGUUCUUCAACUGAUGGAUGUGAAAGGACUCACCAUUUCACAUGUGAAAAGCCACCUUCAGAUGUAUCGGAGCAUGAGAAGUGAUCUCGGCAGACAAGAUAGGGGUUCAACCCAUCAACGAAGACAAUCUUUUGAGAACCAUGAUGGAUGUGUUGAUGAAGUAAAUUGUAUUGGUUUUCACUCAACUUCGAAGCCCAUUGAAGAAUCAGAUUCUCAUUUGACCUAUUGUCCACUACCUUCAAAGAGAAUCGAGACGAGGAGUUCAAUCUCUGAUCAGAAUCUGCAAUGCGGUCAAGGAAUAUGUGAGACAGUCUCAAAUCCGUAUGCUUUUGAUGAUUAUCUGCAGACCAUGGCGAUGCAUAUGGGAAUAAAGGAAGGUAAUGGUGCUUUCAUACGGGAGCACACCCAGUCUCACUCUCAGGGUCAAUCUACCACAACCUUCUCUCUUCCUCAUGAUCUUUCCAACCUCAACCCUUUCAAAUAUUCAGCGGGAGAAUCUGAUUUCCUUAAGGUUGCCAAGGUAAAAGUAGAAAAGUAUCAGAAACAUGCAAAGGAGCAAGACAGUAAACAUGUCCAAGGUAAUGUAAGGGACGAAAAUGAAGGUGGCUGCGAAUUAUCAUUGUCACUGUCAUUGCAUUAUCAUCCAUCUUCCAACAGAAGUAACACUUCUUCCACAAGUGAAAUCAGCAGCAGCGAGGCAUUCUCAUCAUACUCAAGGUCUGUCUAUGAAGACUGCUGGGGCUCUUCCUCCUACACCCAACAUAGUAUAAACUUAGAUCUAUCUAUUGCUCUUUGUGGCAACUAAUAUUUUUUUUAUUUUCUCCCUUUCAUGAAUAUAUCUGGUUAAUCAUGUUCUUAUGGUUUAGCUUUGGAGCUCAUCCAGGUUUUGGUUUUAGAAUGUAUGACUUGAA